UAGAAAGCAUGGUUUUUCUCGUGCGAUUUGACUUUUUUCUUCGCGGAAGCCGAUCUCCGGGUCUUCGCAGCAUGCGGAAUGGUCCAGAGCGUUCGAGCAUUGUCGGCCCUUCGUCGUUAGGCUGCUGAAUGGUCUGGGAUGCCUCGCGAUAGGGAGUCUCACAACGUGCGGCAAACGACAACCCCCCUGAGAAAACGUCGGGUCGGCUUUCCACGAAAAAAAAGUGACUCAUUGCAAUGCACACCCUUGGAUCGAGCGUACAAGAGCAAAGUAUUAGGACAUUAUCCAGAUUCGGUACCAUGGAAUCCGUUCGACGAACACGCUGUUUGCAUGCUUUGUCUGCCAAGCGGUUUGCGAUUUCGUACGCAAAAGCACUCAGUGGAGCCGACAUUCCACUCCUUCGUCCUCACGAAAGAAGACGGACACCGAACGUACGGGUUCAGCCUCGUUUUCUACGAGGAGUGCCGCAAUCGCAAAAUAUGCGCCGCUAUGCAAACACUACAGGCGAUGCACAUCACGGAGCUCAGCAGCGGUCAAAACGGCACGCCCCCCACUGCGAGAAAGGGUCAGGAUGGACAUAACACGAGAUCGCUGCCACGUCAUUUUAAAUUGUCAGCCCAUUCGCCUGGCGCUGCUUUAGGAUACUAUGACUCUACCAAAGACAAGUUGCUAGUGACCAAAUCAAUAUCCUUGCUAUGCCAACAACCUUACCUCCAUGCGGCGAAGAUGUUCCUCACUAAUCUCUAUAAAUGUGUUCCUAGGCAUCCCGGACCUGGUCUUAGUUUAGAAUCUUACGUGUAUAACCUUCUGUAUAACGUACCCGUACCGUUAUCCGGCAAAUCGCUGAAGUUUUUCGUACCUAAUGACGAACCGGCGAAAUCGCCGCUAGAAUUGGUUAUUCAUCAGCCAUCCCCAUCGCUGGAGCUGCCGAUGUUGGACUAUCCUCUCAAGGAUGUGUUCACGUGGUUGGGCUCAGACUGCCUAAUCCAAUUGUUCACGUGCGUGCUGUUGGAGAACCAAGUUCUGCUGAGAAGCGCUGAUUUUCACAAGCUGAUGGCGGUGUCUGAAUGCAUAACGGCGCUCUUGUUUCCUUUCUCGUGGCAACACGUAUACGUACCGAUAUUGCCCGCCAGUCUGCAUCACUUCCUAGAUGCACCUGUGCCCUUCAUAAUGGGUCUACAUGCGCACAAUGAGGGAGGCGUAUUGAAAAUCGCUAGCGAAGCAAACCUUUGUUAUGUAGAUAUAGAUAAGCAAAGUAGCCAAUUUCCGGAAGAAUUACCCGUGUUUCCUCAUAAAAUGCAGUUUAUUACCGAGAUCAGAGCGCUUCUAAACAAGUACAAAAUACCACAUUCAGGAAAGACUGAUAACAUGGUCAUUAAUUAUUUCAAUGGCGACAUCAUGACCAGCAGCCUGACACUUCCCGGUUCUGGUUUUCAUCUUCCUCGCAGAAAACAUUCUUUGCACGAUGUGCUGGAUUGGGAUCGGCCGGAACCAGGGCCUCAGUCGGAAAAUCUGCAAAGAAUAGUGGAUAUCGUUAAGAGAACAGUGAACAUGGAUGAUAUUGAUCCUGUAGAGGAUACCACGGAAAGAAUACUCACGCCGCAGGAGGAAUAUCAAGAGACUCUUAUCUUCAAUAAUGCUGUUAGGGAGAUCUUUUUAAAUCGUUUUGUACAAAUGUUUUCUAGUUACGAACAUUUUGUUAUUCAACCGAGUCAGGACAAGGAUGAAUGGAUAAACAAUAGGGAUAGUAUGCACGUUUUCGACAAGGCCACGUUUUUAUCUGACCAGCCCACCCAGCAUCUGCCGUUUUUAUCGAGAUUCCUGGAAACGCAGAUGUUUGCUUCUCUCGUCGAUAGCAAAGUGAUGUCGACGUGGAGCGAACUCGACAGUAACAUUAAAGUUUUUGACCAGAGGAUUUCUGCUCUAAAGAAGAAGGUCGGAGAAAGCAUUAUACGAUCAAUGCGAUACGAGCCUUGCACGAACGUCGCGGAUACGCAAAAAAUACUCGAACAGAGAUUAAUUAACAUAGAUUUUGAAACAAAUCCACCUGUGGAGAUUCUUCCUCAUAGAGCCGCAUAUUUUCGGAGUUUCCCGCCGCUAGAUAACGUCGCGUUGAAUAAAGAGCCUGCUCAAAGUAUACUUCGUAGUAGAAGAGGACAGACACAAUGGAAAUACAAGAUGAAAUCUAUAGAUACGAAUGGGAAACCUCCAACACCACAAGAAUCUCAAUCACCUCGACCUCAAACUAAACUCUCGGCGGACAUGAGCCCCGCUUUAAUAGCGCAGGCUAAUUGGACAUUCGUAGAAAAAUUGCUCAAGGAUUGUAAAUCCAAAACGAAGAGAAUGCUAGUGGAGAAGAUGGGAUCGGAAGCCGUCGCGCUUGGUCACGGAGGCGAGUCUCUGUCCGACGUCGAGGAGAACACUCUAGUCGCUAGUCUCUGUGAUCUGUUGGAACGAGUGUGGAGCCACGGGUUGCAAAAUAAGCAGGGCAAGAGCGCUCUCUGGUCGCACUUGACCAUGUAUCAGGAAGCAGAAGAAUGUAAUGAUGCGACUAAGUCUAUAGAUCCCAACUUUCUUUCUCCUGCUAAGAAAUCUCCGAAUAAGUUUUUCGGGAUACCGGAUCGUUUGAUUUCAACUUUGAGAGGCAAAAAUAUUAUUGAAAUUGCUUCUUACAUCAAGGACAAUUUUAAUGAUUUGUCGAAUCUGCAAUUGGAGGCGGACGUUUCACCCACGAGAAGCACUGAUAAGCACAAAUCUCCCGGUGAAAAGAAAACCGUCGGCCCUGAACACCUGAGGCCUCUCCCGGAUUCUUUAAGCUUCGACAUCCGUAACGUUCAAGCGAUGACCGAUAUAAAAACACACAUUGGAUAUGCAAGAGCUUGGGUGCGGUUAGCGCUUGAGAAGAAAUUGCUGUCGCGUCAUUUGAAAACGUUGCUGUCGGAUACUGCUCUAUUGAGGAGUCAGUACAAAAGAUCAGCAUUUUUACGUUGUGAAGAAGAGAAAGAGCAGUUCUUAUACCAUCUUCUGACACUGAACGCCGUCGACUACUUCUGUUUCACGAAUAACUAUCCGACGACGAAAUUACCGUAUCGAGUUGUGAUUUUUCCCAGUCGAAAGGCAAGCGCCGCCACUACUUCGGCUAAUAGUUGGAUCGCCAUUUCUGGCACCCUCUGCGAAACUAAUCCCGUACCCAUACCAAAGGGAGCACUCGAAUUUGUAUUUCAUCAUAAAAAUUUAGGCGUGUUGUCUACGUUACGGAUUGGGCACGACAAUACGGGAUUAUCGCCAAAAUGGAUGGUGGAACAUGUUGUAGUGAGAAACGAAGUGACUGGACACACAUUUAAGUUUCCCUGUGGUCGCUGGCUCGGUAGAGGAAUAGAUGACGGGUCUACCGAACGUUUGUUAGUAGGUGCUUUAGUACCUCGAAGCAUUGACAGCGAAGAGUUGGUGGAGUCAUGUUCCACACCUCCCAGAUGUAGAUCUCCGAGUAUACCUAGGCGUCCUAUAUUGUCGCAAGUUGAACUGCAACACAUGCUUGGCGAAGCUGUAAACGCCAUAGUCAAAUAUCACUAUCGAAGAGAGUGUCAGGAUGGUUCUUUGACGGCGCUGUUAUGCGGAGAAGGUGGUCUUGUUCCGUCUUUGGAACAAAUAUUUUUAUUUGGCUUUAAAAAUCAGAGAAUCUUUGGAAGGAACUUUUACGUAUGGGACUACCUUUUGCGCGUGAAAGAAAAUUUCGAGAUAUCCUUGCUGGAGGAAAUGGAUGAGUAUUCUCAAAGACUCAACCGAGAUAGAAGAUAUACAGAAAGCAGCCAAAGAUUCACGAUCUUGAGAUGUUAUUGCCAUCUUAUCGAUCAGAUCAAUAUAUUUAGUCAGACUUUAGGAAAAGAUGGAAAAUUCCAGUUAUUCAUCUGUUUAGCAGCGAGAGAACAGCUUCUUCAUCCAAUGUUGCGGCCGAUGAGCGAUGCGCGUUCUACGACGGAUAUGUACGAGGAGAAUUCGUUUUUGAGAAAUCCCACGUUAUUGACCUUCUUCAUUCAUAUUCUUGAGCCGUUGAGCGAGUUCCACAUUGUCCUCGAGAAGAGCUUGACCCACGGAAUUUCAAGUAUAUGUUAGUAUUUGCCAAAACGUAUCGAUGUACACUAAUUCGUUGCAAAUACUCCAUGUUCUUUCGGUAAAUGUCAUGAAUCGUGAAAUGUUUUUAAUCUUAAAAAUGAUACGUCCGACUUUCCGUUAUCAGUAAGAAUCUAUCUGUUAGUGGUAUUUUUUAAUUAUUGACAAAAUUAGAAUGAUAUCAAGCUUCUUUGAUAUAGAAACAUAUUAAUUGACAAGAGAAUCGAUUAAUUGAACAACAACAAAAUGACGAGUUGGAUUGUUAUUACGUGGGACGAUAAAAAGCUUGGAAAAUUUCAUUUAUUAAGAGAGGAACUUGGUAGAGAGGAAUUAGAAGGAUUUAAUAUUGAAACAUUGAAGACUGUUAUGGGGAUGAAGCUGUACAGUAUGCUUUCACGAAUAACAAAUUAGAAACAAGAAAUUAACGCGAGAUUUAUUAGAUGUAACGUUAAACAAGGAGAACAUAAAUCUCAUUCUGUUUCAGAAGCUUACGAUAUUAUUGUCGGUGAUAAGAAAUUAAUAUUUAAUCAGAAUAUAUAUUUGGCCCUAUCUUGCCAUAGUUAUUAGCGAUAAAGGUGAUGUUCGUUGAAAUAUUGAUACUAAUGACAAAUUGUGUACCAAAGAUGUGAUCCCAAUUUAAUCAUUGUCAUUUUACAUUAUCAUUGCUGUUAGAUGUUAAGUUUCUGUAUUAUUAUAUGUUGUCGUAUAUUUUUGACGCAUUCAGAAUAUCUUUCGAAAUAAUUUUUAUACCUGUACAUACGGACUAUCGUGAAUUUUUUUUUUAUUCCGCGCAAAAAUAUGUUUCGGAUACAAAGAAUUAUCAAAGUAUCCGCACAUAAUCUGAUGAGUUUUAGACAAUGAUUUUUAGGAAAGUCAGAAAAAAUGAUUUUUUUUACAUGGCUGUGCUUUGACACUUGAAAUCGAAAUAUAACUUGUGUUGAACGUGAGAGCUAACAUGACAAUUUUAUUUUACAUGUAUAAUAUUAUUGCCGCAUAAACUCUAAGGUGUAUAUGUUCCAAAAAUUAUACGUAUAUGCAAAGUCUCAUAAUAAUAAAAAAAAACAAUUAUUUUAAUAAAA